ACAUACAUUUAGUCCGUAGUGUUGUCGGGCAGCUCCCCUCGAGAACAUUCAUUCCUUCCUGUGCUCGCGCACGUCUGCCGUACAGAAAUGGCUCCUAACAACUCUACAGUGACAUUUGAGACACGUGCAGAUGGAGAGACAGAAAGAUUAAACUUUACGGCACAAAAAGAGCCGACAUUCGAAAACAUACUAGAGAAGAUAGACAGCCGAGGGAGAUUCCAAGUUCGUCUGAACCUUGUUUACGUUUGUCUUUCCGUACUGUUAUGCACCAUGCCUGGUCACAUGUUCGUUUUGGCAAUGGUGAUUCCAGACCACUGGUGCCACGUUCCUGGGAGACCUGAGAAUAUCAGCGUCGAGAAGUGGAAGGACAUGACAAUACCACCGGAUGGCAAGUCGUACAGUAAAUGUUUCAUGUACAAAGAUUUUGACAAGAGAAAUGAGACAGUUGGAUGCCAGGAUGGUUGGGAAUACGAUACGACGUGGUUUUCACUCACUAUACCAUCUCAAGAAAAUUGGGUGUGUGAGAAGAAGAUUAUAGUCAGCAAUACUCUCGCCACCGUCCAAGGGCUUUCUGUGCUCGUAGGUCUUGCCAUCUGCUACAUAGGUGACAGGUUUGGUCGCCGCAUGCAGUAUUUCGUGUCUCUUUCCCUGAUUGCUGUUUGCCGAACAUUGAGUGUACCAGCAGCAAAUAUUUAUCCCUUAUUCAUUCUGCUGUCUGUACUUGCAACUGCCGCGGAUAGUUCGACAACAGAAGCAACUACAGCCGUCGGGCUUGAGCUGACGGACAUCAUGUACCGGUCGAAUAUCAACUUCCAGUUCGCUUUAAUGAUGAGUGUGGGUUCAAUGCUGAGUCCCCUUAUCGCUUGGGCAUCUGGAAACUGGGUCACGUUUAUGCUGGCGUCAUCAGUUCCAUGUUUUCUUCUCUUCACCUGCCAAAGUUUCCUUCCUGAGUCACCCAGAUGGCUGCUUAACAAGGGACACACGAAAAAAGCGUUUUCUGUGAUACGCAAAAUCGCAGAAACUAACAAGAGACCUGUUCCAGAUGACACAUAUGAAGUCCUCAGCAGCAUGAGCAAACGCCACACUGCCAACAUGAGUGUGCUGAGCUUGGUCACAAACAGAAGUUUGUUCAAGAACACACUCAUUCUGGUUUUCGGCAGGAGUGUCUGCGUUCUGACUACAUGCAGCAUGAUGUUCAAUAUUGGAAACCUUGGUGGAAACCCAUUUUUGGCGUUCAUGGCUCAGGGAGCUGGCGACUUACCAGGAAAUCUAGCAGCACAUUUCUUGGGAAACAAAUUUGGGCGCAGGUUUACAGAAGCAUUCUCGUUAUUGGCAGCAACCUUGAUAUCCAUAUUUAUUAUCAUCGUUAUAACAGUAUCUGGACCUCACUGGAUUGUGACAACCGCAGCUGCGUUCCUCAAGUUCUUCUGCGUAAUGUCUCUCUUCACAAACGUACUGCAGAGUAUGGAGAUCCAUCCUACAUGUAUUAGACAGAUUGGUUCAGCUAUAGAGUGGGCUUUUGUCGCAGCAGUAAUAGGAAUCGCGCCGUAUAUUGUUUACUUGGGUACUGCAAUAGACCCUCGAUGCCUCUAUGGGGUUCUUGGACUACUUCUUGCCUCAGCGGCCAUUGUAACAUCAUUCCUGCCUGAAUCGUUGAAUGAGAGGUUACCUGAAACGCUGGAAGAUGCUACCAACUAUGGCGCCUGUCAGAAAUAUUGGAGUUUGCCUGGUAGAAGAAAAUGCUGAUAAAUAUUCACCAAUGACUUUAUAUUUAUUUAUUGAUCAAAAUGCUCUAUCCAACCCUUUAUUGGAUAUAAUAAAAACUUCAUUUAAACUAAA